GCCAGAGAUAGUACGUAUGUUAUUGUUAACACAAAAACACUUACAUAAAGGAAUUAGAAUUAAUAUCUUGGUGCCACAGUUAAACGAAAAUCAGAGAUGGGAGAACAAUUUGAAAUAGUAUUCUCAUUUGACACGACGGGUUCCAUGUAUAGCUGUUUGGAAAAAGUUCGCUCGGAGCUGUCGGAAAUGGUUCAAGAACUAAACAGAAAAAUACCAAAUUUGCGAAUAGCAAUAUUUGCACAUGGUGACUAUUGUGAUACUGAUAAGUAUGUUACUAAACAUAUUGAUUUCACUAAAGAUUCAACUACCCUAUGUAACUUUGUCAGGGAUGUUUCGGAAACCGGUGGUGGAGAUUUUCCAGAGUGUUACGAGCUUGUUAUGAGGGAAGUCCAAGAGAAACUUGCAUGGACACCCAACUCCCAAAAAGCUCUUGUUCUGAUAGGUGACGCAACUCCACAUGAAAAAAAUGAGGAACAAAAUUUUCGACACCUUGACUGGAAAGAAGAAACAACACGACUCCGUAACAAGGGAAUAAAGAUAUACGCUGUGCAUUGCAACUCGUUGUCUGUGUCUGAGAAUUUCUAUCAACACAUAGCAGCAAAGACGUUCGGAUAUUACCUGCCGUUAUGUGAUUUUGAUGAAGUAAAGAAAAUGUUGAUGAAUAUAUGUUUUCGAGAAGCUGGGCUUGAAAGUUCGCUUGUCGCCGGUACCACAACUAUAUCAUCAAGUGCAAGACCAUCAACUCCUGUCGAAGAUAAAGACUACAACGAGAAUUCAGACAAUGAAAAUGAGGACGAUGAUAUGCGAAUGGAUUGUUCAAAAUGCAAGAAAUGGAAACCGCCAAAUGAGUUUCCUUCCAUGCCGAUAUCCAAGAAGUGCGAGCAUAAUCCGGGAGUGUGCUUGCGGUGUAUUGUGAAACAUGUAGAAAGAAGCCAAACAUGUCCAGAUACUAAGUGUGUCGUCAGAUUUGAGGAUGAACAGUCAACUCUGCAAUUGAAAAUAUGUGAAGCCACACUAAUUAGGAUGUUUCAGGAUUAUGCAAAAGUGUAUGAUGAGAAUAGAAAAGCGUUGUUGGCAACAAAGGGGCGUGUUAUUACAGUAACAUCUGUAACUGGUGAUACUUGUUGGGUUGAUUUUGAUAGCAGCAUGACCAUAAUGGAGCUAAGGAAAAAGAUUGAGCAAGAGCUGGGAAUUAAAGAACCCAAACAAAAGCUCCUUUUUAAAGACACACAUAUGAAGAAAAACAAGGCCCCUGGACAACCGUUUCGCUUAAACGAUUAUGGUAUUGAUGUGAACGACACUAUCAACUUAAUUAUACCGCUUUACUGCAUUCCUGACAAUCUUGACCAUGUUGUGUUCGACUUGUCUUGGGAGUUUCCAGCUCACAAUACAGACUUCCUGGAUGCAUCAUGUUUCGCUUUCGACAAAGAUGAAUUUAUUUCUGUCAUAGAUUGGAACCACUCCGACAACCAGUAUUAUCUGGAAGGCAAGUUAUGUUUUUCUUUGAGCUUUAUACGUCUUAUCAUUGUAUGUUUUGAAUACUUUUAUAAAGGUGCCGUAGUUCACUCCGCGAAAAAUGAGAAAACCCCCGAUGGUCGUAUUGGGCGUCAAGAAAUUCAUGUUUACCUCAAGAAACUACCUACAAACGUGUCACAUCUUUAUUUCACAUUAAGUUCAUGGAAAGCAGCCACUCUAGAAAACUUUAAAAAUCCUAGACUGCAGUUCUACGAUGCUUCUUCACCAGACGCAGAUUUGUGCGGGACUACAUUUACACAUGCACUAAGUUGCCAAGCUGUCAUUAUGUGCUCUGUAGUUCGGAUAGCAGGAAAUUGGCAAAUAUUUGAAUGCGAUUCAGGGAGUUGUCCUAAAGGAAACACAAAAAUGUACAACCCUUUGUGUGAGAGAAUUGCUAAACUUAUCUCCGAUGAGUGUGAAUGAAUGAUUUUAAAUAAAGGACUGGCGAAGUCAUUAUUUUAUCUAUUAUUGUGUUGUACAAAUAUUUGAAUAUUAAGGUGAUUUCGUUUAGU